AUGACGAUGGAUCGUGCCGCUGGAUGCGUCCACUGGGCGCUCUACAGCGAUGAAACGUGCUCCGAUACUACCAGUGUGUUAAGUGGAGCCCUUCCAGUCGAUCAGCUAGGACUUUUACAGCCUCAAACGUCCCAAAACUCACCAAAUUCUGUCUCAAACUUGGCAGGGGGCCCGCUAUCCUCAACCGGGGUCCAACUUGCUCCAGAGCUUCAGCGACGUGUCCGAAACCUUUUGGGGCGACAACGAGACGUCGACAGCAAAGACAGCGACCUGCCAGUUGACGUGAGUUUCCCAGUCGCUGCGGAAGACCUAACUUUGGGAUCAAAAACUGCAGAAUUGGAGACGCAAGUGGCAGACUGGCUCUCGUGGAAGUUAACCCGUGCGUCUGAGUAUCGAGAGCGUGGCAACGAGGCCUUUAAGCAGGAGAGCUAUAGCACUGCGACGCGCCUCUACAAGCGAGCUUUAACGUGGCUCGAGCCCCCACUUGCUGGGUCGGAUGCGGCGCUGGAUGCAAAGAUCGAGUAUUCAGACGAGGAACUGCAGCAGGUGAACCCGAUCGCUGUGGCGUGCUACGCCAACAUGGCUACAUGUUACUCGAAGCUGCUUGAAGAUGGUGAUGUGGAUCGCUGCAUCGCAGCGGCAUCGAGUGCGUUGAAGUUGGAUGAUACGCACGUCAAGGCUCGCUAUCGUCGUAGUCAAGCCUACGUCGCUUCAAAGGAGUUCCAUCUUGCAGUAACCGAUCUCCUCAAGCUGAGUGAGCUGGAGCCUGAUAAUAAGCUGUUCCGUUCGGCAUUGACGCGAGCUCAAGUCGCCAAGACGCAGCUCCGCAAGAAACAGCAAAGUGCCUUCGCUAACCUCUUCGACAAAUAA